AUUGAAGGUGUUGACUUGAUAGUGAAAAGAAAUGGUCUGACCAAUUAUGGUCAAGUGUUUUCAAGUGCCUGCGAGGCUUUGGCUACAUGUUACAACAACUACUACAUAGAAUACUUUCAAACUUUUAUAGCAAAUUACUUCAUAUAUAUGGUGCGGGGUGAAGAUAUCCAUUAUAAAUAUAUAGUAUUCAAACGUGUCUCAAAUGCGGUGCUUUCUCAUGAGGUACAACCAGCUAUGGAUGGCAAUAUUGCUUUUUCAUUAAAUGAAGAAGCCCAAGGCAACAUCCGUGCUCUCUUAAAACUAUUGAUUUUGGAAAUUAGAAACAGAUUACCUUCGUUUCCGAUGACAAAAGAAACUCUCAAUAAAGCACCUUCUGGUAUAAUACCAGCAUUAAGGUAUAUUCUGGUUAAAUACGAAGCCUUAAUUGAAGAAAACCUACAACCACAGCCUGGUUUACUAGAACAUUCAGAGCAGACAAAUCCACCAAAUAGAAAAAGACCAAAAAUAGAAGAAGGUUAA